GUCGCGGCCAAGAAGUGCAGGCGGUGCGGCAUGAACAAGAGCUGGGCGGCGAACCAUGGCUCCGGCCUCACCGCCGGUGGCGGCCAUGGAGCUGGCGAUCCUCCGCCUUGCCCGUGGCACGCAGCUCCGCCGACAGCCGUGCCUGCGAUGGGGACCCAGGACAAAGCGUCUACACGUGCCAAGCAUGUUGCGAACGUCCGUCACAUCGAGGCUGCCAUAGCAGCGUUGCCCGACGGCGACCCUGCAUUCGCGUCUUCGCGGGCUACCCUGCAGGCCCAGCUGACCGCCGAGAAGAAGGCCAUCACCUCGACGAACUCCCUGGCCGCGCAGAUCGAGGGCUGCCAGCAGGCCAUCCUCCGGUCCCAGGCGCGGGCGACCAAGCUCCAGACCACCAUCGACGAGUCGGUCAAGGAGCUGAAGAACGAGAGCGAGCACGCAGCCUCCCUCAAGGAGGAGCUCGCGUCCCUCGAGGCCCAACUUGCAGCGGGAGCUGCAGCCACACCUGCCGACUCCAUCCAGUCGGCCACGACCGCCUUGACGGGGAUGCUCAGCGACAUGAUGGCGUCCCCGGCCGUCCCUCCAGAGCACGUCCAGCAGGUCCAGAACCAGGUCAAGGUGCUGCUCGAGGGGGUCCAGCAGAUUGCUGCAGCUGCCCGCAGCAUGAGUGCCUCAGCGGCGGUGACCGCUCCGCCCGAAGAGGACGCGGCCAUGGGGACAUCGCUUACACCAGCGAUACGGCCAUGGUCAGAUGCCGAGCCCGGGACAGCGAGUGGGGCUGCGCCGAUGCUUGCCAAUGGCCGCAGACCGCUCCGUGCCAAGACGAUUCCCGCCGAUGCCCCGCAGUACGGCCUCCCGGACGUAUCUGGCGUGCCAGUGAAGAGUGGCAUCCACUACUCCAUGCUCAUCGCUGCUGCCGAUGCGGGCCAAUUCGGCGUGCAGAUUUGGAUAAAGCAUGGCCUGAAGCACACAGCCAUUUUCUCUCAUGAGGUUUCACUUCGAUUGGUCAUUCAAGUUGUGGCCCUUGCCAACGGUGCGACGGUGUCCGUACUGAGCGCGCAUGCCCCCAUCGAGGCGGCGCCAGACUCGACCAAGUGCGUCUUCUGGGACGCCAUGGCUCAUUGGACAUCGUGGCUGAAGUCAAGAUGGCCCUCCACGUAUCUCAUCAUCGGCAUUGACGCUAACGCACGCGUCGGGUCGGUGCCCGCGGACAGCAUCGGCCAGUGCACGCCGUCCACUGAGAACCACAACGGUUCCCUGCUCAGGCAUUUCCUGGGCGAGGCGAGCCUGGGCAUACGGGCUCUUAACACAUUCGCUGGAGGUGGCUACACAUGGCGAUCCGCGCAUCAGACCACAGCCCGCAUAGACUACAUCCUGUCGGAUGCGGACGUGCCCUGGGAGGCUGCCCCCCCGCGCGUGCUCGACGACGUUGAGCUGGCCACCAGCGCUUGCGAGGACCACAGGGCAGUCCUCGCCACCGUCAUCGUGGCAGGAACGGACACCAGUGUCCAGCCCAAGCCUGCCAUGAAGAUCAGUGUCAACAAGGCUAACCUCACGGACCCACGGUGCGUCCAAGCCUUCCAGGAUUCCUUCUGGCGCGCGGUCCCAGAGGUCACCGGCGCCCUGAAUGCCGACGCCAAGCUCGAGCGAGUCAUCGAGGUGGUAAAGAACGCUGCCACGAACGCCUUCGGUCCUGCUCCUAAGGUUCCGCGCCAACCGUGGAUCACGCAGCGUACGUGGGCGUUGCUACGGCCGUUGCCCAUGCUGCGACGCGCCACGUUCGACCUGAAGCGCCUCGUGAACAAGCAGCUGGUGCGCUACGCCUGGUUGGGGUGGAGGGCAGAAGCCCUUCAUGGCGGGCCUGCCUGCGCGGGCAUCGCCAAGGGGCAGGCCCGUGGCGGACCGGCCGCAGGGAGCCGCCCACCGAGAGCAACGCACUCUCGCGGUGACCAACCAGACUGCGCUGGUUGGCGAGCCCUGGCAGAGGCAGCCGCCGUGCGGCGCAUUGCUGUCAAGCUCAACAUGGCCGUCCAGCAGUGCUGGCAAGGACUCGACAAGGCCCAUCGAGCCAUACGGGGAAUGGUCAUCGACGACAAGCGGCACUUCAUGCACGACAUGGCGUGGAAGGCGGCGCGCGCGAAUGAGCGCAGCGACAGCAAGGAGUCGCACCGCGUCGUGCGCCUCCUGGGCUGCUUCAAGCCUCGCGCCAUCGAGGCGAUUGCGAACAAGGACGGCUCGCUAGCGAAGACCCCGGCGGAGCGAGCGGACCGGUGGAUCGAGCACUUCACCGAGCUCUUCGUCGGCUACACCCUCCCGUCGUGGAGGGACACGAAGACUGAGCACCCGGGGCCUCGCUCGACAGGGGCCUUCAACCCGACCCUCGCGCAGGUCGACGCGAAGAUACAAGCGCUUGGUGGUGACAAGGCCCAGGGGCCUGAUGGAUUGCCCCCUGGUGUGAUCAAGGCGGGAGGCUGCCCCAUGGCCGUCUUCGCCCAUUCGAUCGUCAAUGACAUGGUGGUCACACGGUCCUGGCCAGCCCGCUGGAAGGGGGGCCUCAUGGCCACGCCGUGGAAACGGAAAGGCUCCCCCAAAGAGUGCAAUGACCACCGCGGCCUCCUGGUCGCCGACAGCAUGGCCAAAAUCCCAGCAGGGCUUCUGAAGGACGAGAUCAUUCCGAUCGCCAACGGGAAGCUGCCUGAGACGCAGUACGGGGGCAAGCCGGGCGGAGGCACAGACUUUCCAUCCCACACCCUGCGGCUGCUUACAGAGUUCGCGGCAUUCGACCGGGUUAUCCGGGAGAUCGUCUACGGUUGGCCGCCAUGCCCGGGCCCCCAAUGGGCUCGCGAUGCGGCUCGUGCAGGCUACCUCCGCCAGUGCGGCCUGACGGUCAGAGCUGCCGUCAAGGUGGUGUCCCACAUUGAUAAGCGGGGGUCGGUGCUCGAGCGCUGGAACAUUGACCCGACGGUCAUAGCGCUCACGCAGAAUCUCCAUGAUCGCGCCUGGUUCGCAGUUGAAGGGGCUGAUCGAGUGGUCGUCACAACCACGGGCGGCCGCCAAGGCUGCAAACUGGGUGGGCUCAUCUUCUGCUGCGUGCACGAGGAGGCCCUUGCAGCAGUGCGCAGUGCCCUCAAGAAAGCCGGCAUUGCCCUUGUGCUGAACACUGCCAAGGGCAUCCCCUUCUGGACCUCGGCUGAGAACGGCGACGCCGUGAACCUCACUGUUGAAGUCACAUACGUCGAUGAUGAGGCGAUCGCCAUAGUCACCCGUUCCUCCACCCAGCUCCGCGAGGCCAUCGGCACGGUGACCAACCUUUACGCCAAGGUAUUCGCCGAGUUCGGCCUGCGCAUCAACUGGAAGAAGGGCAAGAGCGAAGCUAUCGUCCGCUGCCGCGGCCCGGGUGCCACGAAAGUCGUUGCUGAGCUGAGGUCUGAGGGCGGCCUCCGCAUCCCGCUCGGCGACGGAAAUACCGCCAUGCACGUAGUGGAUGGGCACCAGCACCUCGGCGGCGUGAUCUCCGCCAGCGGGGGCAUGGUGCCAGAGGCCCGGCAGCGAGCCUCCUCGGCUAUGUCCGCCUACUCCCCGAUCGCGUCCAAGGUAUUCUCCUCGGAUGUCAUCGGUGCCACCAUGAAGCUCCACCUGCUCCACAGCCUGGUCCUGUCGAGACUGCUGUGCAACGUCGCCAUAUGGACAAUGUCCCCCGCGGCUCUCAAGCUGAUCGACGGUCCCUACAUGCGUGCCCUGAGACGCAUUGCUGGCGAUAUGAAGGCUGGGCAUGCGCCUGCCUUCUCGGACCUCGCAGUCCGCCAGAGGCUACAUGCACCGUCCAUCGACUGCCUCGUUCUGCAAAAGCGCCUCCGCUACUACCACCGACUGGUGGCCCACCAGCCCUUCACGGUGUGGGCCCUUAUGCAGGCGCGUCCGCGAGGGCGGCCCCUGCCGCAUGUUGCGCAGGUGAUCGUGGACCUCAACCUACUCCGGCGGCUGGCGCCUGAGUUGGACGCCAUGCCUGGCUGCACCGAGGCCCCCAGCAUGUGGAUGUCUCGCAUGAGAGAAAACGACUGGACCUCGAUUGUACAGCGAGUCUUCUUCUGUGAGUCGUCGCUGGACAAGGUGGCCGUGCAAGGCUGCCGCGCCCCGCCGGGUGUGCAGUUCCGGCGUGAUAGGUGCGACGCCAGCUUCCCGACCAACAAGGCGCUAUUACAGCCUAAGCGGAUCGCUCAUAAGCAGGCUGCUCCUAUCAAGGCGUUCAUUGACGAUUCGGGCGCAUGCCCCGCGUGUAAAGCAGAUUUUUUGGAGCGGCACCGCAUCAUGUCGACUUUGCCAGUGCAGAGCCCAGAAUUGGUGGCAGCGUGGGAGGCCCGCGACAACGAGCGAGUCAGGCUAGCCAGACGAGCUGGCUUGACCCACAUCCUGGCGGCAGGCCAAGCGGUCACAGCCGCAGGCCGCCGCAUAGGAC